AUGAACGGUCCCCGGCUGUCCCUCUGCCCCGCACAGACCCUGCGCUGCCUCCGCUCCUACCUGCGGGCUCAGCUGGCCGAGCCGGGAUGGGCGGCCGGGCUACUGGGCGAAUGCGGGCGCACGUUGGACGGGCUGGAGGCGCUGAGCGCCGCGCACGGGGCUCUGGUGCGGUGCCUCGGCAGCAGCGCGGACUCGCCCGCUCUCCGCCAGCGGCUCAGGCACACCCGCGGCACAAUGAGGCAGCAGAGCGCAGCAACCGGAGUGAAGCUGCUGCUGUUGCUGAACAGGAGGCAGAGCCUGGAGCCGCAGGACCAGGAGCAGCUGGAGCACUGGUGGCUGCGCUUUGCCUUCUGCAUGCAGCUGUUCCAGAGGGAUCUCGGCCUGCUGCUGCGCCUCAGCCGGCUGUUCCUACUCGACCCUCACAGCGCCCACUUGAUCAACACGGGCGUGACUUGUGAGCUUGUGGAGCCCAGCAGCAAGCAGGACCGGGGGCUGGCAGUUGGCGAGGAGGCGGAGUGUGCGGAGCCCAGCUUGGAGGCACAGAUCGCCCAGAUCGCGACGACACUGCACGAGGUGGAGUCCAAAGUGCAGGCCCCCGACUGGAGCGCCAAGGCGACAGCUGAGGCCUGGGCUGAAGCAAGCUAUGGAGAUGGAUGCAGCGCUGACUCACCGGACAUGCUGAUCGAAGAGGAGGCUCAGCAGAUCGGUGACCGCCACACCGGGGACUGCUGCACCAUUACGUAG